AUGUUGGACGCAAAGGAAACGGUACGCAAGGCUCUCGAAGCUCUCUCGGUGGCCAACAAGCUGCGUCUGGAAAAUAUUCAUUUCAACAAAUAUGAGUUCGAUGACACCAAUGAGAACACCGGGGCCAGAACACCGGCGCCGGCUCUAGAUAUUGAAAGCCCACCUGAAGGCCUGAACAAACGGUCGUUGGACAACAGCAGCUUUGCCUACUCAUACUCUAUCCCUGACGAGAUAAGAGAGGCUGCGCGCAUUGUCGCCGAGUCUGCUCCUCCGGCCACACCUAUUGGGGAUCAUGAGCAAGUGGCUGCCAGUAUACGCCGCAAGUAUGCGCUGCGCUCAAAUGACACCAAUUUCCCGCCGCAGCAGCUGAAGACACAUAGCGGCCUCAGUGGCUUUGGUCCGUCCGAGGGUGACGGAAAGAAGAAUCAGGAGAAACUUCAAAUGACCAAGCGAGCGGCCUCCAGCUACUGGAUGGCCACAAUGAAACAACGCGGCAACAGCCCGUUUGCGCCCUCCGGAUACCAGGUGUGGCGCAACGUUAUGGACUACGGAGCAGCUGGCGAUGGAGUGACCGACGAUACCGCAGCUAUCAACCGGGCCAUUGCAGAUGGAGGCCGCUGCGGUGCCGACUGCGGCUCCAGUACAAUCUACCCGGCCGUCGUGUACUUCCCCCCUGGCACAUAUCUGGUCAGCAGCUCGAUCGUUCAGUACUACAACACGCAGUUCCUGGGUGACCCAGUCACCGUGCCGACAAUUCUGGCGGCGUCAAGCUUUAUUGGCCUGGGCGUUAUCACAUCCGAUGUGUACGUGAGCGACACGGAAGAAUGGUACAUCAACCAAAACAACUUUUUGCGCAGUAUUAAGAACUUCAAGAUCGACGUGCGACUCACAGAUCCAUCGGCGUACGUGUGUGCCAUCCACUGGCAGGUGGCACAGGGCACGUCGCUGGAGAACAUCGAGUUCUACGCACUGGCUGAUAGCACGCAGCAGGGCAUUUACAUGGAGAACGGCAGUGGCGGCUUCCUUGCGGACCUAACGUUUGUCGGGGGUAACUUUGGCGCCUACUUUGGCAAUCAGCAGUUUACAACCAGCCAUCUGGUGUUUGUUAACUGCAACACGGCCCUACAGAUUCACUGGGACUGGGCGUGGACUAUGCAGGAUAUCGUGAUUGAGUCGUGCACUACAGGCAUCAUCAUUGUUGGUGGUGCCGGUGGGCCCAUGAGCAAUGGCCAGCCCGUUGGUUCGCUGAUUAUCACCGAUGCCCUGAUUGCCAACACACAGAAGGGUAUCGUAACCUCGCUAUACUCAGAGAACUCGACGGCUUUGCUGGUGCAGAACACAGGCUUCUUCAAUGUGCAGGAUGCCAUUAUUGACAACGUACUCGCCACUACCCUGGUCGCCGGCGGCGAUGAGGUCUUUCUCGACAACUGGGGAUUUGGCAUGGUGUCGAGCGAGUCAGGCGUCAGUGGCUUUGUCAAUGGACAGGCUAUUCCAGCCAUGAAUCGCACAGCGUCUCUGCUUGCUGACACUGGUUAUGUCAAUCCCAACUUCUUUACACGUCGUCGUCCCAAGUAUCAUGACAUUGGCAUGGCCCAGCUCAUGGAUGUCAAGUCUCUGGGUGCCAAAGGUGAUGGAGUCACAGAUGAUGGCCCGAUUCUUAAUGUUAUUCUCCAAAAUGCGGCCAAUCUGUCGUCCAUUGUCUAUUUUCCCUUUGGGGUGUACGUCGUCAAAGACACGCUCAAUGUCCCUGUGGGCAGUCGCAUCAUUGGCCAGGCUUGGUCGCAGAUCAUGGCCAAGGGCGCUAAGUUCCAGGACGAGCUUAACCCGCGGGUCAUGGUCAAGGUUGGACAGCCUGGAGACGUCGGUGUGGUGGAAAUUCAGGAUAUGCUCUUUACUGUCUCUGGCAACACCGCUGGAGCAGUGCUGAUGGAGUGGAAUGUACAUGAGUCAAUCCAGGGCUCAUCUGGUUUAUGGGACUCUCAUUUCCGAGUUGGUGGUGCCAUUGGAACUGAUCUUCAGUCCGAAGACUGCCCUAAACAGUCUGGAUCUGUCAAUCAAGCGUGUAAAGCGGCUUCCCUAAUACUGCAUAUGACGGCACAGAGCUCUGCAUAUUUAGAAAACGUGUGGGUGUGGGUGGCGGACCACGACCUCGAUAAGAUCUCGCAGGAUCAAAUCGACAUCUAUGUCGGCCGUGGAGUGCUGAUCGAGAGCCAGGGCCCAACGUGGCUGUAUGGAACGGCAUCAGAGCACUGCGUUCUAUACCAAUACCAGCUCUCUGGUGCUAAAGAUAUUGUGUUUGGGAUGAUCCAGACUGAGUCUCCCUAUUUCCAGCCGACUCCCAACGCGCCGCAGCCCUUUACUACCGGUCUCUUCAAGGACGACCCAACGUUUGACAACUGUGACAGCGGAUCGGGUACCUGCGCUGUCUCGUGGGCUGUUCGCAUUUUAGACUCAGAGACGGUGUAUCUACUGGGUGCAGGAUUGUAUAGCUGGUUCUCGGACUAUAGCCAGGACUGCCUGGACACCGAGGACUGCCAACAGCGGGGAUUCUUCAUCGAGCAGAGCAAUGACAUCUGGAUCUACAACCUGUGCACCAAGGCCAUUGUCGAGAUGGUAUCGCCCGUCGGUGAGCUCGUCACACGUGCCGUAGAUAACCGCAACGGGUUUCUAUCGUCCAUCCUAGCCUGGGUGCGCAACUCGUCCAACACAACCAUUGGUGAACGCAAGUUUGAAGGGUUUCAGAUCUACCGCGAUGACAGUAGCCGCAUUGCCGACCUGACGACAGCCUGUCAGACGGCUAUGAAGCAGAGGAUCCAGUGCCAGGAGAUGCUGGAGGGCUGGCAACAACCCGAGAUGCACGGGUCUUUAGACAGCAAGAACCUGACAGACGCUGUAUGCGACACUGGCUGCGGCCGAUCUCUACAGAGCUAUUAUGACGGGGUUGUUUCAGCAUGCCAGGGCCAGAACUUCACCGUCAAAUCUGCCGUCACUUUUCCUGCACGCGCUGGAGGGACCAUCUGGACGGGAUACAACGAGACGUGCCUGAAAGAUCCGGACACGGAUGUUUACUGUAACAAUUUGAUUGAUACGUUUACGAUUGUCGAUUCGUACGAAGAAAUGCCGCGGGACGAGCUAUGUUCGUGGUGCUACGUGAACUUGAACAUCAUGAUGCAGUCGUCGCCUUACUCCAUCUUUCAGUCCACACUGGAGUCUCCGUAUCUCAAGGCAAGGCUAGAGUAUAUAUAUAGCACCUGUGGAGUCGAGGUUGGCCCUACGGACGUGCAGGAUCCGCAGUACAUCCCCAUCGAGCAGGAGCCCAUCCCCUGCUUCACCGGCGUGACCUAUACCUCACAGGUUGGCGACAGCUGUGACAGCGUGGCGCUUACCUACUCGGUAGCCUCAGCUGCCCUACAGAGCGCCAACACUGGCUAUAUCACCAACUGCACUACGCUGGCUGCUGGCAACGAGCUCUGCAUCCCGCUCACCUGCCACGAGCUAUACAUGCUGGAGGACACCGACACUUGCGAGUCUAUCGAGCUCGAUACAGGCAUCGGCCUCGGAAACCUGGGCGCCUAUAACCCGUGGAUCAAUUACUUUUGUGACAACCUGGUCUCUACGGUCUGGAUCCACGGCCGCACUCUCUGCUUGUCGCCGCAGGGGGGCAUCUACAACGUUUCCAACCCUAUCCCUGGUGUCGUAGUCGCACCUGGUGGCAGCACCGGCUACACAAGCAUUGUUAUUCUGCCGCCGGCCAACAGCACUGUCGCCAAUGGCACUACCAAUUAUUGCGGCAGCUGGUACACUGUUGCGGCGGCCGACGAUACGUGCGCGAAGAUCUGCACGUCGACCGGUAUCACAAGCGACCUUUUCCGUGAGGUCAACCCUAGUCUGGCUGGUAAUGCUACUGAAGCCUGCACAGGGCUGUUACAGGUGGGAGCUACGUAUUGUGUUGGGCCGGUCUGGAGUUGGGAAGCCCUUGAGGCAGAGACUAGUACUUAG